GGUGCAGAGGCCGGAACCUUUGUUAUAUCGUCUGUUACACUCACGGAUCUUUUACUAAGACGGACUAAAGGAUGACAUAAUGGUAAACACAGUAAGGGCAGUUAGAAAACACUUCAGCCUGAUGACCUUAAAACCAUCUGAUUGGCCAGAAGAACACGCCAAAUAGCUCGUUGGAUUUCUCACUCCAGGCUCUGAACAGUCAGACGGAAUUAGGUGCGUUUGGCCAUGCUCUUUAGUUUCCCACCCAAAUUGGAUUGUAAUUUGGAGAACAAGCCAAGAUUCGCCUCUGACAGGAAGCCACAACUGCUCAGCCUCCAUCAAGAAAAGGCCACAUCUCCCCUCCAGAGCCAGAGGACGAUCUCUUGACAGGAAGACCGUAAAAGUCGAAGUUUGGACCAAAAUCUGGCCGCUGACAGCAGUUUGUAAAUCAAGCAGACAUCUUGGCUGAAAUGUCUUAACUAUUGCUCAUUGGACAUGUGGCUGCUGCUAGUAGAAUUAUUGGGUUUAUCUUGGAAGACUCUCUAGUGUUAAUAUUUUUGCUCAGGGGACAGCCAUGGAGGGUCUUGAGCAGCUUGAUGUGGUGGGAAGCAUCAGCCCAGCCCUGGAGGCGACGGAAGAUUUCCUCCACUGCGUGGACAGGAUGCAAAGCCAAGGUCCAAGCCAGGCACAAAAAAGCAACCACCAGCCGAAGCAGCUGUCAGAUGUGUCCAAUGCCGCGCUCGGCAGGCUGAGCUCCAGCGGCGUGUGGGGGCUGCUCGCCGAGGAGCAGCCGGAGGUCGGGCCCCUUGGCCUGGCCUGGGCUGACAAUGUCAGCGUUCUGGGUUUGGGAAUUGGCUUGAGGCACGGCAAGAGGAGCAGAGCCCGCUCCACCAACGACCUGGCAGCCCAAGCCAACGAUUGCACCAACAAUACCUCGUCCAAGUCCGUGUUCAAGAAGGGACACAACCGAUCCCGAUCGGACGUCAACUACCGGCCAUCAGCUUUCACCGACAACGGUCUGCCUGCAGUGGACUGCAACCUGCUGAAGAACAUGAUCCUCAACCAUCAGCAAGCAACUGAUCGAAGCAGCAGCAGCAGUGUGGUGAAGCAGGGGGAGAUGGAUCAGCGUGAGGGGCCGUGGGGCCGCUGGACUCCCUGCUUUGUUCAGCUGACUCCUUGCGAGCUCCGGCUGUACACUCUGGACAGCAGUGCCAACCGCCAGCUGGGCACCGCCUACUCGCUGUCGCAUUGCCAGAGUGUCACCUCACCAGCUCCCUGCAGCCAGCCCGCUCAGAUCAGCCAGCCUGCUGACCAACGCACGCUCCAGGCUGUGUUCUUCAACAGCACGCGCCUGCAGCUGAGAGCAGCCAGUCAGUGGGAGGCCAUGCAGUGGCGGAGGCUAAUAUGGGAGAAGGUGCAGGCGGUCAGACCCUCGAAGCAGGAAAACUGCCACCAUAAAAGUGGAACAGAAAAUCAACAGAUGAACAAAUUUCCAGUACCCAUGUCGCCGUCCUCGUCACCUUCUCCAUCUGCCCUUGACACCAGACCUGAUGGCGACAGCGAUACUCCGACUCCAGCAGAACCGUCUUGUGGUGUGCUGAGCAGACCCACCACUCUGCCUCUGUUCACCCAACGCCCCCAGGAUGUCCUCAAAGCUGGUGUGCUUCAUCAGCUGAUGGAUCAAAACAACUGGAGAGCUUUCACCUUUGUUCUCACUCAAUCUACUCUCCAGGUCUUCCCUACAGAAGGCCGAGGACCUGUCUCCCAACCUGUUCUCCAGUAUUCCCUUGCCUCCUGCUUGACUGUGCAGCAUAGUAAAGAGAAUGAAGAGCCAUGGGCAAAUGGAGAUGAGUUUUUCCAGGUUGUUUUCCCAAAAGAAGUACUCAAAUUUCAGGCAGAUGAUCAUCUGAAGGCUAAGGAAUGGAUGGAAGCUCUUCGAGAGGUGAUGGGGACACAGAAACCUGAAGAAGAAGAAGAAAACGAAAAGGAGUCAGUCGAAAGACCUCAAGAACCUCAAGGAGUGCUGCUGAGAUCAAAACCUCUUCGAGACAGGAGGCAAAGGGAGGCCCAAAGAGCCAAGCGACAGUCAGUUACCACUAGCUUCCUCAGUAUUCUUACAUGCCUGGCAGUGGAGAAGGGGCUCACCGCACAGAGCUUCAGAUGUGCAGGUUGUCAGCAUCCAAUCGGUCUAUCCAGAGGAAAAGCCAAAGUGUGCUGCUACAGCGGCUGGUACUACUGCCAGAGCUGCCAUCAGGACAACUCCUUCCUCAUCCCUGCACGCCUGCUGCACAACUGGGACACCACCAAGCACAAGGUAUCCGAACAGGCCAAGGAGUUCCUGGAGUUUGUGUAUGAAGAGCCCCUGCUGGACGUGCAGCAGCUCAACCCCUGCCUGUACCAGCACUGUGAGCCUCUCAGCAUCGUGUUGCGCCUCCGCCAGCAGCUCCAGUCCCUUCGGGCCUACCUGUUCAGCUGCCGAGCAACCAUCGCUGAAGACCUCAGACGGAGGAUUUUUCCCAGGGAAUACCUGUUACAGCACAUUCACCUGUACUCCUUGGCUGACCUGCAGCAGGUCAUCGAUGGGAAGCUAGCUCCCUUCCUAACCAAGGUCAUCAAGUUCGCCAGCUCUCACGUGUUCAGCUGCAGUUUGUGUCGGGAGAAAGGCUUUAUCUGUGAGCUCUGCCACGAUGGCCAGGUCAUCUACCCCUUCCAGGAGAACGCCACGCGAAGCUGCGACCUCUGCGGCGCCGUUUUCCACACAGAGUGUCGGCAGAAAGCACAGCCGUGUCCCCGCUGCGUUCGGAGAGAGCUGCACCACAAGAGGCCGUCGUCCUUCUGGUCACCCGAUGACGACAGCCCCGACUGCUUCCACCUGUCUUACCAGAACACCUGAGAACGGUCAGGGCGCCGCCGCGCCGCCUCCUCGACAGAAAGCCCCGUCUGCAGGUCAGAGCCUUCCAUGCUGCCGUGGCGCUCUGGCGUCCUGAGCCUCCUCAGCUCCCGCGUCAGGCUAUGCAGACUGAACGGAUGUCUCCUCCCACGUUCACGCACAAAUCUGGAACAGAACUUUACGCUUAGUCUCAUUUUCUUUUUUUUAUGUCACCGGGAAGCAAAACAUUUGAGCAAUUUGGCAUCUUGUUUACAAAAAGCACAAAAUUUGCUGCUUAUUUGUGUCGAAAUGAUCAACCGGAAUUUUUUUUGUUUACACAACAAAUAAUUAAACUUCUGAUGAAUAAAGUGAAAAUAAAACUUUGCAGGAAAAAGUUCUUAAAAGAGAAAUUCACACACGUCAGCUGGGAAAUUUUAACUAAAGCGUUGAUACAUAAAAGGGCAAAUUUUGAGUGUGUGCUGAAGCAAUAUCAGGUUUUUUUACUAAAAAUAUUACUUUUUUUCUGCAUAAUCUGGUUUAAAAACGGAGAAAAAAUAAACCUGAUAAGAUUUUUUUCGCAGACUUUCUAUUGUUUUAUCGUAACGAACACAAAAUCUACUGGAACAAACCUAAAAAGGGGUGAUUUUACUUUUUGACCAAAGGGGGAAGGUGUCAAAAAACUAAUUAUUUAUUGUUUUUUAUUUUUUUGGCAUUAAACUGCAGGAUAACCAGAAUGUGAUUUCCAGACUCUAAACCUCUCCAUCCACGUUUUCCCUCCAAACAUUUAGCAUGUCAAUGUAAAAUAAGAGUUUUAUAAUUUCUCUCUUCAUAAACAUGUAAAAAGCAAAACAUUUUUUUAAUUUAUAAAGGGACUUUGUCACUAUUCCUGUACGAUACAAAGGCGCAAUAAUCUCCUGUAGCCGGUUCUCUUGUUGUUGCCUUCCCGUCCCUGCUAAAUCCCUUUCCCUCUUGUGCUUUAGUCCUGCAGAAACUAUAAGAUGUGAUAGCACCUUUAGCUUUUAGGAUCUCUAUGCAACCUAGAAGGCCUUUAUAAUCCACAGUUUCCUGUGGAAGGGUCAGAAAAGCCGCUUCUCUUUGAUUUAUUUCCUUCCCAGUUGUUUGUUCUACAGUUUGGCUAUUUCUUCUUAAUUGUUGUAAUUUAAGUUGAAUAUUUACACGAACAAAAACAGAAUACAGCUUUAUUUGCACUUUGUAAUUUUUUUAAGCUAAAAAAUCUACAACCAGGAGAAAAGGUUCAUGGUUUGCAGCUUUAAAAGGAAAAAAGGUAAAAGUUUAUGAACAAAAAAUGCUUAUCUGUUUUUAUUUUUAUUCUUGUUUUAAUAUUUUGUAUCAUCUCUAAAGUUCAUUCAUUAUGGAAAAAAUGUAUUUUCUGACGCAGAGAAACCAGACUGAGACUUGUGUUGAAGAAGCAUGCAGAGAAACUAUAGACUAAAGCUAAAUAGAGGAUAUAGUUUAGAGUGCAGCUAUAAAAGUGCACUGAUGUGUUGGAACUACACCUCUUCUGGUUUUAUUUCCUGAGAGUUGCAGCUACAUUUUUUGACAAAAGUAUUCUUUUAAAUGAUGCUUUCCACUAGUGUUUUAUUUAUUUAAUUAUGAGUGAUGUGGAGCCCAGCAGGUUUCAGGGAUCUUUGUUUUUAUCGUCUGCCUGUCUUCAGUAAAAUUACUUCUAUCCUUCUGUCUUCUGAUGCCACUGAAUCCCUUUCAAGCUACGUUCACAUCGACCUUGGAAAUGCGCGUUCAAGCGAUCAUUUCCAAUUAAAAGUUUAUGUAAAUGCACGUUUUAGGCUUCCAUGUUCAAAUAUCUUGUGUUCACGCGUUGCAAAAAGUCAGUUUUGGGGCUCUGCAUACAAAUCACACGGCGAUUGAACGGACGGUGAAAGCUAAAUCAGGAUGAACUUUGACCAAUCAGGGACUUAGAUUUGGUAGUGACGUAUGGAUCGUGUUCAGAAGUGCAAAACAUUUGAACAUUGAUAAUGAAUGAGAAAUUUAUAACUCUGGUUUGUGCCCGGCUAUACUUAUAAAACACCUAGUCUGUCAUGCAUCUGAACAGAGCUGUGAAGGAAAAGGCCUGGAGCCAGAUUCGCCAGGUUUGCACCGAGCCUCUUUUAAGAUGCGUUAGUAAUCAGAAGAAAAGGUUAAAGUAGAAGCCCCUUGGCAAAAAACGCACGUUUAGCUCAAUCACCAGUGUGAACGUAGCUUCAGGGUCAUGGGGUCGCCUAAUUCGGCUUCCGUUGGGCGAAGGUGAGGGUACACCCCGGACAGGUCGCCAGUCUGUUGUGAAAAAGAAGCCAAUCAGUGUUAAAAUAACCUGGAUAAAUUUCAAAUCCUCUUAAGCAGGUAUCCUUAAACCUGUUUCUUGUCACCAAAUGUAAACAGUUUUACACCUUAUAUUACGUAGCAUAACAUAUAAUUUAAAACAUAUAUUUUUCAGAAAAGCAUUAUAUUGAACCCAGAUUGAUAUUUGUACAGAAUUCAUUUCUUUCAGUUUUGCUUUUUUUAUAAUUACAAAUAAAAACUUUCCCAAAUACUUUAAUUUCUAUUAAAGUCAGACAUCAGAGGGAAGCAUGAAGACCUUUGACCUGUUAAAACAGUGGACUAACAGGAGUAAAAGUCAGAUCUCCUCAAAGCACCUCUUUCUCAUCGGACCUCCAGAAUCCUGGAUUCUGUGUCUCUCUUUGGUUCCUUUCUACAUCUUCCCUUUUUUUUCAAUGUGCUUUAAAACUGUGCUCUGUGAACAACCAGCUCAUUUAGCGUCAAGCUCUGGUGUCCUUCCCUUGUUCAGGGUGUCCAUAAUUUAGUUUUCUCUUCAAUCCUGUGGGAUUUGUGAUCUUCUAAUGACAGAUAAAGAUUCUUUAGAUCUGUGCCGGUGUUUUGAACGACCUGACAAAAAAAACAAAUUCUUUAAAAAAAAAAAAAAAUAAUAAUCCUUUUAUGGUUAGAACCAGUAAAAAGUCAACAUUUAGUGAAAUUCCAGUUCUCAGAAACGGUUCUAUGAAGGAUAAGUGUUCUGUUGUGUGCCUCUAACUCAACACAGUGUAAAAAUAUCAAAUCGGUUGAAAUAAUCCCACAAAUAAUCCCUAAAACUGUUGAAAUUUCAAACCAGAUGUAUUUAAGUUUACAUAUAAAUGAGUCUUAAAGUGCUGGGCUCUGCAGCUUGAUGAAUUGUAGCUAAAGAUGCUCUAAUGUGGCAUCUGCGCAUCCAUUUAUUUACAUUGUCCAGCUCUGCACUGAUUGUUUGCUGAUACAACUUGAAAAUUCCUGUUUCUGUAUUCUUUAUUUCUCUUAUUUAAGUUCUGUAAAAGCACUGAUCAUCUCCAUGACGACCUCUAACGUUUGAGAAUUAAAAAUGGGACGUCUCGUUUGUUUUGACGGGGAGUUAAUGCGCCGACGUGUUCUCGCCGUCUCACGAUCACCACGGACAAAGAUAUUGUACAGUAUUUAAGCAGAGGGGCUGGACUCGAACACUUGUCCUGCACUUCUAAAACCUAUUAUUGUUUGAAAAGUAUUUUAUUUUUUCUUUCUUUGCAGCCAAACUCUUAUGCAAGUACGAGAAAGUCAUUUUAUUGUUGGUGUUUUUUAAUCUAAUCGGCUCUACUUAUGUCUGUUUCUGUUCAGAUCAACCCAUAAGCCUCUGAUGCCAAUAAAGAUAAACUUCUUAAC